GCUCAACAGAAGAAUUUCACCACGUGAAGCUCCCUGAAUCCUUCAGAUUGGCAACAUCAACAACACACACACAAUUCUUCCUCCUGCUUUCCAAAACAAAAGACAUAUUUUGGGCUUUAUUCAUCUUUUGGCAAUGAAUCACAAGAACGUCACCCAAGUCUCUGAAUUUCUUCUCCAUGGUUUCACGUCCCAGCCAGAACUCCGGAAAAUCCUCUUCCCAGCCUUCCUCUUCAUGUAUUUGCUCGUCCUCUUGGGGAACACAACAAUCAUCUUCCUCAUCCGCUCUGAUGCCCGCCUCCUCCAGAGCCCCAUGUACUUCUUCCUCAGCUUCCUUGCAGUAUGCGAUUUGGGUUUUUGCAGCAACAUUAUCCCCAAAGCAAUUGAGAACUUGGUGUCUCAAAAGAAGACCAUUUCUUACCAAGGCUGUUUGACCCAGAUAUUUUUUGCUAUCUUUAUAGGCAACGCAGACAGCUACAUCCUGGCCUCCAUGGCCUACGACCGCUUUGUGGCAAUCUGCCGCCCACUGUACUAUUCGGCCAUGAUGAGCUACGAACGUUGCGUCCAGUUGGCAGCAGUGUCCUGGACUAUUCCCUUCUUUCACUCUGUGCUAUAUACUGUUCUGAUGUCCCGUGUUGAGUUCUGUAACCCUGGAGAGAUACCUCAGUUUUUCUGUGACCUUUAUCCUGUUCUGGAUGUUUCUUGCUCUGACUCAACCGUCAUAGAGCUAGUAUUGUUGACUGAGGGGAUAGUAGAGAUCCUGGGGCCAUUUGUGCUCAUUAUCAUUUCAUACAUAUUCAUUUUCUACACCAUCAUGAAGAUUCCAUCCGCCGUUGCGAAGCGCAAGGCCUUCUCGACGUGCGGAUCCCACCUUUUCGUGGUGGUCAUGUACUUUGGUGGAAUAAGCUUUGUCUAUUUUAAGCCAAACGCCAAACUCCCAGAGCGCAAGGACACAGUGGCAGCUAUUAUGUAUACCCUGGUAACCCCCAUGCUGAAUCCCUUCAUCUACACCCUCAGGAAUAAUGAGAUGAAGGCAGCUAUGAAGAGAGUCUACAGGAAGUAUUUUCAUUAA